AUGUUUAGCCGAUCCUUGAGGUGUUUACCGAAGCAAAGAUUGUCUCAAUCGUACACGAAAUUCACUCCAUACUCCAAUCCCUUAACAUCAUUCUAUAGUAGAGGGAUUCAAAGAAGGCAGUUAACGUUGUCUAGUGGUCAAAGAGGUGCCCUUCGAGGUUGGGGGACUAUUGUAAAUAUUAUUGCCGGAGCAUACUUUGGAGGUUUAUUAGUCUGCGGAGGGUCUUUAUAUUUAAUUUAUUCUGAUGCUAAUAAUAGGCAGCAUAUUCCAUUUGAAUUAAGCUUUAACGAUAUACUAGACUCAGUUAAAGCUAUAGAUAAAGAUGAUGUUUUCAAAAGUCCAAGAUACGCCGUUAAACAUUAUAGACGAGUUUUAAUUAAUAUUGCCAAAGAGUCCGAUUCCAAUUUAGAAUUCGAUGAGUCAAAAUUGAGCGAAGAAGAUUGGUAUGAUAUUCCAAUUAUUGAUGCAAAUGUUUUAGUUUAUGAAAAAUCAAAUGAUUUUGCUAAUUUUUAUAUUGAUUUUGUAUUAAGAUAUGCAAAAGCUUUAUUAGCAAAAGGAAAUUUGAGUAGUUCCAUUCACAUAUUGAAAUCAAUUGUUGAUAACGAUGAAAUUUUUUUCAAAUUGGGGGACGCGGAGAGAUUAUCCCAGUGUUGUAGGUUAUUAACUCGUGUUUCGAGUGAACCUCAAGAUAAAGUCCAAUAUUUACUUCGUUCUUUGGAUAUGUUAGAAAUGACUUUUGCUUCAAUUAAAAUGGAUGACAAUUAUUUACUACAAGACGGUUCAAGAAUAACCGAUGAAUUAAUCAUUUGUUUAAAUAAUUUAGCUACAGUAAUGGCAAAACAAUCCUCCAAUAGAAAAUAUAGUAAACACGAUAGAGAAGAUUACUUAUCUAAGUCUCUCAAUAUCUAUCUUGCCAAUUUAAAAAUCUUGAAUGAAAUGAAUGAAAAAAUCAAAUCUGGUGAAAAAUCUCAAGCUUCUUAUCCUUUAUUCAACUGCGAUGAAGAAAAUUUGGCUAUAACUUUGGCCGAAAUAAAGGCCCACAUAAGCGAAGUCAUGUGGGCCAAAGGCUACAAGAAAAAUGCUAUUCUGUGGGGUGAAGAAGUCAUUGAUGAUAUUUAUUUCCAAAGAAACACCUAUUUGAAAGCUUCCCCCAUUUUAAUCAAUGUUUUCAAAAACUUGAUCAUCAUGUAUGACAAAUCCAAAAAUAUCAGAGCCAAAAACAGAUGUCAAGACCUUCUACUGGACGUCACCGUAUUUGAAGCUGAAAACAAAUCCUGGUAUGAUGGCUUUAUAAAUCGGGUUUGUAAAAUUGUUUACAACAGAGGCCCCUUGGGAGUCAUCGAAAAACCUCUCCUCGAGAGAUUCGGUGCCCCCAGAAGACUACCAGAACUAGAAGAGUUCGAAGAUGAAGAUUCACAUCAGAUCUUUAAUAUGUUUGCAUUAUCUUCUCGUAUCGGAUUAGCAUCCGCCAAACCAUCCAUGUUGAUGAAACCAGCGUUAAUUCGUGGUCUCAAGACUAUCCCCCAACCUCCGGGAUUCAUUGUUGGUACCGUUAAUGAUGCUUAUGUUCAUCCAGCUGCUGAUAAAUUACACGGUAGUCGUCAUUGGGCUAGUGAAAGAUUAGUUGCUGUUGGUUUGCUCCCAUUAACUUUUGCCCCAUUCUUCACUGGUGUAUCUACUAUUUGGGACUCUACUAUGUCUGCUUUAUUACUUUAUCACUGUUACACUGGUUUCCAAUCUUGUAUUAUUGAUUAUAUUCCUACGAGAGUUUAUGGUAAAUAUCACAAUUAUGCCAUGUACUUAUUACUUUUUGGAACUGGUGUUGCCGGUUACGGUGUUUAUGACAUUGAAAAGAGAGAAGGUGGUGUCACCACUAUCAUUUCUAAACUUUUCAAAGCUUAA